CCCAAAAACUUUUCCUCAUCACUCCUUCCACUUUCCCACACUUUUCCUUAGUGCCUAAGACUUCCUGUCUAUCACCUUCACCUUCUCCUUCUUCUCCUCCUUCUUUCUUUUUCUUCUUCUUCUUUCCUAUCUUCAAUCUGCAAAAACUAGACUUGUUCACCAAAUCAUCCAUGGCAGAUGCAGCUCCCAAAACCCAAACCAAAACACCCUCUAACCAAUCUGAUCAUGAAAAACAAAGUAAGUUUUUUCUAUACAAGGCUGCCCUUGUCACACUUCUCCUAGUUUUGGUCCCACUUUUCCCUUCUCUGGCUCCUGAUUUCUUCAACCAAACCUUCCACUCAACAAGCUGGGAGCUUCUGCAGCUCAUUUUCGUGGGCAUCGCCGUUUCUUACGGGCUGUUCAGCAAGAAAAACGAUGUCGAGCCUCACAAAGACAACCACAAGAUUGAUAAUGCACAGCUGUAUUUGUCCAAGCUGCUGCAAGUUUCAUCCGUUUUCGACGAUGAAUCCGAGUCCGAAUCCGAACCCCAAGCCGUGAUCGAGGAGAACAAGUUUCAAGCAUUGAAUUCUCAGUAUCAGAGAGGCGAGCCAGUAGUUGUAGUGGAGGAGCAAAACGACGCCGUUUCACAGAUCAGCCAGAAGCCUCUCCUUCUUCCCGUUAGAAGCUUGAACCACCCCCUUCCCAACCCUAAUUCAAGAGCUGGAGAGGCGGAGGAGGAGGAGGAGGAGGAGAAGGUGGUGCUCCGAUCGCCUAUUCCAUGGCAGUCGAGGUCGGGGAGGAUGAAGAUGAAAGAGAGUGGUGAUGAAGAGAUCACUUCUCCUUCAUUGAAUUUGAAGAGGAGUGAUCAGUCAAGAUCAUUUAGGGGAAACCCUAAUUCAUCGUCGUCAUCAUCGUCGUCGUCGUCACCUCUCUUACAUGAAUCUGAAUCAAAGAGGGGCGAAGAUGCGGCGGUGAGGAAGAAGAGCUUCGUACCUCCCCCACCGGCUCCCCCGCCUCCGCCUUCGCCGGCGUUUCUUAGGAAGUCGGUGCUGAUGAAGUCGAAUUCGAGCAUCGGCAACGCCAAAACCGGCUUAGGCUCGGGCGAGAAGGUGUUGGAACGGAGCGCGAGGAGCGUUCCUAGUGAGGAAUUGAGUGAAGCCGAGAUGAUGAGAUCUGAUGAAGGAAUCUCGACGAGCAAUGGGGAAGAGGAGAGUGGGCCCGAUGUCGAUAAGAAGGCGGACGAGUUUAUAGCGAAGUUCCGGGAGCAGAUACGGCGGCAGAGGAUAGAGACGAUCAGAAGAUCGGCGGCGCAGCGUGCCGGGAAGAAUACUACUACUGCUAUGUAAAAAUGGUGGCUUCAUACUUAAUUUGUGUUCUAUUUAAGUAGUGUUUGAUUAACCAAAUAUUUUUACACGAUGGUAUAUAUACUGCUCGUGCACUUGAAUUUUAUUGAGUUGCCUUGUAAAAUGUCAUGUGCUUAAUUAAGCAGUUUAUCAUCUUCAAUACAAAUCUCUUGGAAUUGCGUGGCUA